GUGCUGUUCAAGCGCAAGCCGGUGCAGUUUCUGCCUCCGGCGGAAAUCGAAGAUGACAAUGCUGAGGUCUGGCUCAUUAAGGAGACCGGCGAAGUAUUUGUUUCGUACGAGGACUAUUUGAACAGAAUGGACUUUUAUAAACAGCGUCGGUUCAACGAUCAGAUUACUGGCCAAUCCGGCAUGACUUUUUUCCAAGCCCAGAAGAGCGAGCUCCAUGGUGGACGCGAAGUUGAGAAAGCGUUCCCGGAAGCACUUAAGGGUCCAAUUCUGCGUAAAGUGCAAUUCCAGAUUGUGUCGCGCCUAGACCACCUUGUCGAUACCCUGUUCGAAGAGUUCAAACAAGACUACUACCCCGGCGAAGAAGUUACCGUGACCCUGGAUGGCGGCGAGAGAGCUAAUGGUCUCGUCCGCGACAAGACUUCAUUUGGUCCAAGAGUGCUCGCCGACGGCACCAAAUGCCGACCCACCACGAGAUAUCAAGUCAACAUCAAAGAUAGCAUCAACGAGAUCACCGUGACGGACGAACACAUCUGCCGUGAAAGAGGCGCCUUCACCAAGGCAAUGCUGAGAUCAUUCCUGAAAAGGACGACUCAUAGAGAAGCUUGGAAUGGUGCGCCCUGGCUGGUUAAGCAUGAGUACGCCGGCUGCUACCAGAUCGACACCCGGGUACCACCACAUCUUCGGUGGGACACGGUGAAGGAAGAGCGCAGGCAGUUACAAGCACAGAAGCGCGCACAAUCAUCACACGAAACCAAUGGUGUCGCAUCCGAGAAAUCCAGCCCGUCGCGACUCCCAGAACUGAAGCCUGCCCCGAAAGCAUCAAAGGGCAAGUUGUCUAACCGCUCUACCCCUAACGCGAACAAGGAGCCAACCCCUCCGCCGCCUCCUCCUCCACCGAAAUACCCAAUCGAUGAUCUUCAGCUGGAGCCCCAAGGCUCCGUUCGUCCGCCAUUGCGAUUCAUGUGCAAAGACCCUCCAGUGACUGUUGAUGAGCCGAACCAUGAACUGCAUAGCGAUCAGAUCAAUAUGGACUCAGUGGGUCCUUUGCUAGAGACCUGGGACACCCUCAACGUCUAUUGCGAAAUCUUCAAACUCGAUUCUUUCACCUUUGACGACUUCAUUGAGGCCAUGUUCUCAGCUUCCGAGAGCAUGCCAGUCCAACUCUUUGACGAAAUCCAUUGCUCAGUGUUGAAGAUUCUUGUCGAUUCUGAGCGAGAUGGCGGCAAAGUUCGAGUUACUCUCCCCGAGAUAGAAGAGGAGGAUAGCGAUGAGGAGAAUGACGAGGACGAGGACGAAGUCCAAGUGGCAACUCCUGAGCCUGAGCCAAAACCAAGGUCUACAGGUCGCGCAACUCGCAGCAGCCUCGCUAAGCUCGAGGCCGAGCGACUCGCAGCCGAGGUUGCUGCUGCUGAGGAGGAGGAGCUCAGGGCCGAACUUGCAACCAAGCACCGAGCCGAGGAGGCACUUAGAGAGUACAACUGGAUUGAGCAACUGCGAAAUCGCAAUUUCGCUGAAGGUGGCUGGGAGAUGAUGAUUGUGGGACUGCUUCAUCAGCUCUCCAAGAACCCGCGAAAAGAGGAUCUCUGCGAGGAGCUCUUGUUGCUUCUUGUUCCUCCAAACGUUGAGCCCAGCCAGGAGACGGUCCGCCAGGCAUACUCGGAACUUGAUAUCAAUUACCGGGUCAAGAUAUUGCAGAUGAUCUGCAUGCUGACCAUGGAGACCAAGGCCGUGAGAGGCUACAUGGAGGACUGCAGCGAAACCAUGACCAAGUACCGCAAGGACAAGAUUGACUGGCAAAGGCAGAAGAAGCAAGCACUCGAAGAGCUCCGGCAGUUGAACGAGCAGCGGAAAAUUUUGCUGCCCGAUAACAUGCCUCCCUCACCACCUCUAGCGCCUGCCAAGGAUGAGGACGAUGAUUCAAAAAUGACUGACGUUGAUACUACUCUUGAAGUCAAGGAUGAGGAUAGCAUUGUCGGGGAUGAUCCCAAGUCACGAAGGAAACGCCGACGAACCCAAUCUGAGCAUCAGCGCAAACGGGAGGAGGAGAAGGAGCGCAAAGAGAAAGAGAAGGCCCAGAAGCAGGCCGCGGCAAAGCUUCCCGCCCAGUCCAAGGACUUUAUUAAGCUGCUCAAGCAAAUCCAAGAGAAAGAGAAGGUUAUCAAGGCUUGUGAAGAAGAGGUUGCCGUUAUCGAAAACGACCUCCGGGAGGCCGACUGCCCAAGAACCAGGGUUCUUGGCAAGGAUCGAUUUUGGAAUCGAUAUUACUGGUUCGAGCGCAACGGCAUGCCCUACGGCGGUCUUCCUAACAGUUCGACAGCUGCCGCCGAGUACGCAAAUGGCUGCAUCUGGGUUCAGGGACCAGAUGAAAUAGAACGUGAGGGAUUCAUCGAGGUUUCGAAGGAAUACCAGGACGAAUACAAGACCAAGUUCAAUAUGACGGUUCCCGAACGAAAGCUGAAGGAAGAAGGAAGCACCAGCGUUUUUAACGCCCGACAAUGGGGCUAUAUCUCGGAACCAGAGCAGCUCGAAGCCCUCAUCAAGUGGCUGGACAGCCGCGGCAUCAAUGAGAUGAAGCUUCGCAAAGAACUCGUUAACUACAAGGACAAGAUUGUCUCGCACAUGGAGAAGAGGAAGGAGUACCUUGCCGGUACCGAAGAGAAGGAGAAGAAAGGAGAAAACAAGCGAACGAGCUCUCGCAUCCGGGAGAAGACGCCCGAGGUGCACAAUUACAGAUGCCUGCAGUGGGAAAACACAAUGGCGUUGGAGGAGCUUGGCCACCUCCACAGCGAGCCUCCCCCGCCGCCCCGAGUCAGAAAGCAGACGAAGAAGAGGGAGGCCGCCGCAGCGCCGGCGGCUGCACCGCCAUCAAAGACCCGACGCCGCUAG